ACUACAAGAUGUAAUCGAAUACACAUGUGUACGGUGAAGGUGAUUUUAAUCAUCCCUUAAAAAAUAAGCAGGCAGAAGACACACACACAUUGUGAAAGAAAUCAUUUGAAGGGCGAAUAAAAUUAUUAUGUUCUUUGCUCAAAUCUAACAAACUACUGCACCCAAAGUGACCCAAGUCAAUUAACUUCAUUUCGAAAAUAUGAUGAAAAUUCAAUUAUUUGCAAUAAAUACCAAAAAUAUUUAUCGAAAUAUAACGCAGCAGGUUGUCCUAUGGGAGUGGGUCCAAGGACAGCCGUAAUCUGCAGCCACCCGAAGCUCCCGACAACUACAACAGCUGCAUCGACAACGCUCAAUCCCCACAUAAUUUAUUAAGUGAUAUUGGUGAUAUAAAAAGCCUUCGAACAAAAUCACCAAAAAUGUCGCGUCAAUCAUUAAACGAACCCUCAACCGAAUUGGAAUUAUCAAAUUUAAUGGAACAACAUGAAACUACAAAUGAUAAUCUAGAAUUAGCCAACACAAACACUGAAUCUCAAGCGAACACAGCCGUGGAACGUGAUCUCAUCUUAGCAUCUGAGGAUGAGGUCCCAUCGUCGGCCAAGAAAUUACCGGACAUUGUUGUGGAAAGUCAGAUGUGCGAUAAUUUGGACGAAAACAAAGAAACUUAUUUAAAAACUGCUAUACAAGUUUUCAUUCCAUUUUUAAUUGCUGGCAAAGGCAUGGUUGGUGCUGGAUUAGUUUUGGAUAUUGUACAGCAUUGGACAGUUUUUGAAAACAUAACUGAAUUGGUGAUAUUAGUGCCAGCAUUGCUUGGAUUAAAAGGUAAUUUAGAGAUGACCUUAGCGUCACGUUUAUCAACGCAAGCGAAUUUAGGGCACAUGGACACACCAAAGCAACAAUGGAGUAUGAUUGUCGGUAAUUUAACAUUGAUACAAUGCCAAGCGAUUGUUGUUGGGUUUCUGGCAUCUGUGGUGGCUGUUGUUAUGGGAGCGAUCAAAACACAAAGUGUACAAUUGGAUCAUGCGUAUUUAUUGUGUGCUAGUAGUUUAGUAACAGCGAGCGUUGCUAGCUUUGUACUUGGCUUAAUAACAGCCGCGGUGAUCGUGUUCUCUAGACAUUGUAAUAUCAAUCCAGACAAUGUGGCAACACCGAUAGCCGCAAGUUUAGGGGAUAUCACCUCAUUAACGUUACUAUCUUGGAUCUCAACGAUUCUGUAUGAUUCAAUUGGCAAACAGGACUGGUUAGCACCGUCAAUUAUAGCUGGUUACGUCUUAGUUACACCGUUGUGGAUUUGGAUUGCCAAAAAAAAUGUCCAUACGCGAGAUGUUCUUUACAAUGGUUGGACGCCAGUUAUGGCUGCCAUGCUAAUUAGUUCUUUGGGUGGUUUAAUUUUGGAUUUUAUGGUAUCCAGAUUUGAAGGAAUUGCUGUCUUUCAGCCGGUGAUUAAUGGAGUCGGUGGUAAUUUGGUGGCUGUGCAAGCAAGUCGUAUAUCGACUGCGUUACAUAAAGAAGCCGAAUUGGGUACAUUGCCAAAUACGAGUGAUGUGGAGGGGGUCGAUGCUGACACGGUUAUUUUUAUUACACCUGUUGCUGGAUUUUGUGGCAAAGCUAAUUGUCCUCAUGCGCGUACCACUCGAGUUCUAAUGGCAAUGGUGGUUCCCGGACAUAUCAUAUUCAUUUAUACCAUAAAUUAUAUCAAACAGGGAAUGGCAGCCUUAACAGCUUUAUUUGUGGUUGUAUAUCUAUGCGCUGCAGUUCUUCAGGUUGCUACCUUGCUAUAUAUCGCUCAUAUUAUGAUACAUUGGAUGUGGGCAAGAAAAAUUGAUCCAGAUAAUUCAGCGAUACCAUAUUUGACAUCAUUGGGAGAUCUACUAGGCAUAUCUUUAUUAGGGAUCGCUUUUCAGUUGCUGUAUUUAGUAGGGGAUCAUGAAUUAACCGCUACUGGCAAAUAGUUUUCUAUCUAAACAUUUUACUCAUCAAAAUUUUGUAGUCAUUUCCAGGAAAAAUUUUGAUUUU